AUGGCGUCUUUGAAAUCAUUCAUUAAAGCGGUUAGAAAAGCCAAAACCAUUGCCGAUGAAAGAAAUGUGGUGAUGAAGGAGAGUGCUUCUAUCAGAACAUCCUUCAAAGAUACAAAUUUAGAUCAAAAUUCUCGUAGAAUCAGUAUAUCUAAGUUAUUAUACCUUUACAUUAUGGGAGAGAAAACUCAUUUUGGACAAGUUGAAUGUAUUAAAUUAUUAGCAUCACCAAGAUUCACUGAUAAGAGGUUGGGUUAUUUGGCCACCAUGUUGUUAUUAGAUGAAAAUCAAGAAGUGUUGACAUUAUUGACCAAUUCCUUGGACAAUGAUAUGCAACACAAUAAUAGUUAUGUCAAUUCAUUAGCCUUGUGUUGUUUAGGUAACUUAGCAUCACCAGAAUUGGCAAGGGAUUUGUAUACCAACGUUGAAAAAUUGAUGGGAUCAUCUAAUCCUUAUUUAAGAAAGAAAGCUUUAAUCGUAGCUGCCAAAUUAAUCGAUAAAGAUCCUGAAUUAGGAGAGUUUUUCAUUGACAAAUUACCUCAAUUGAUUAUUGAUAAGAAUUCUGGUGUGUUAUUAGGAUGUUUGGCAUUGAUCAAAUCGCUUUACAAUACUCCAUCAUUCCAACCUACCCUCAUUAAAUUAUCCAAUAAAUUAUUAAGUAUAUUGAAAAAGUUAAUCACUUCAGGUUAUAAUCCUGAUUAUGAUGUUUUGGGUAUUAAUGAUCCAUUCUUACAAACCGAAUUGAUUGCCAUCUUAAGACUUUUUUCCACCAAUCAAGCAUUCAAUCAAGUUGAUGAAUUCAAUGAUAUUUUGACUCAAAUUUGUUCCAUUGAAAUUGGUAAAAAUGUCAAUCAUGCCAUUUUAUAUGAAUGUAUUAGAACCAUUUUCUUAGUAGGAAGUGAUCAAAGUUUGAAAAUCUUAGCAAUUAACAUCUUAGGUAAGUUUUUAACUACUAAAGAUAAUAAUACUAGAUAUAUUGCAUUAAAUACUUUAUUGAAAGUUAUCAAUAUUGAACCUCAAGCUGUUCAAAGACAUAGAUCUAUUAUUGUAGGAUGUUUGAAUGAUGGUGACAUCUCCAUUAGACGUAGAUCAUUAGAAUUAACUUUCGCUAUCUUGAAUGAGUCUAAUAUUAGAGUUUUGAUCAAGGAAAUCUUGAAAUUUUUAACAUUUACAAACGAUAAUGACUUGAAACCUUUCAUCAUUCAACAAUUGAUCUUAUCUAUCGAUAAAUAUUCACCCAAUGAUUCUUGGAAGUUUGAUAAUUUCAUCAAAAUCUUACAAAUAUCUUCAAAUUUCAUCAACUUACAAUAUAUUUCUCAAAUUUUAGGUAAUUUAAUUAGAGUCCCUAAUGACUUGAAAGCAUCAGUGAUUGAAAAAGUUCAUAAAAGUUUUGCUGAAGCUGAAAUCAAGAAUCAAUUCGGUUUAUCUAUUGUCAUUAUUUGGAGUUUAGGUGAAUAUUAUGAUAUAAUCUCCAAUCCAGAAAUCAAUGAAACUUCGAUAUUAUCACUUUUCAAAGAUAUCAUUAAUAAUUCCGUAUACUCAACAUCUGAAAGAGACCAUCUUAUCAAUUAUGCCUUAAUAGCAUGUAUCAAAUUAUCAUCCAAAUUCUCAAAUACUGCUAGUUUAGAAUCUUUAAGAAAAUUAUUACUUGAAAACACUUCCAAUACAAACUUAGAAAUUCAAAUCAGAUCAAUAGAAUUUUCAGAAUUAUUAACCACCGAUUCCAAAUUGAAGAAAAGUAUCUUAUCGAAAGUUCCACCUCCUCCUAUAAAAGAAAGACAAAUGUUAUCAUUAACUCAAAACGAACCAACCACCAAGGUCAAAUCACAAACCCCAGAACCAAAUGAUUUAUUGGAUUUGGCUCAAGAAUCUAAGAAUGAUUUGUUAUCAGAUAUUUUCGAUUCUAAACCAAAACCUGCUAAAAAUGAUAUUUUAGAUUUAUUUGAUAGUGUACCUAAACAAGCUCCUACUAAUGUGGGUAUUAAAGCAUUUGAAAAUUCAGAUUUAUCCUUAACUUUCAUUCCUAAACAAAUUUCCAAUGGACAAGCAGCUAUUGAUUCCAAGAUUAUCACUACUAAAACUAUAGAGAACUUACAAUUUUUAAUUGCUGUACCAAAAUCACAAAAAUUAACUAUUUCAACCAAUCCUAAUACCAAUAUGAUGAUGGUUAAUUCAGGUGAUUUGGUGUUACAGAAUAUAAAAUUAACAGGUAAAGAAGGCAGUAAGAUAAAAUUUAGAAUUAAAAUCAGUUACAAUGUUAAUGGAGAGGCCGUUAAUCAACAAUUUGAUUUUUCAGGGUUUGAACAAAAUCUCUAA